CGACUCGUGGAUGGAUAAUACAGACAUGUAUUUUUUUUCGGAUGCUGUAACAAAAUCUAGAAAGUAUUGUGCACAAUUGCAAAGUGAACAAUGUGUUUAUUUUACGACUACCACAAAUUGAACAUUAUAAUAAUCAUUUUUAAAUGCUAUAGAAACCGUUUCUGUCACCCUCAACGAGUUCAUGCAAAACACAAGGACUGCAAACAUCUAAAGAACCAACGAGUUCGAAGCAAAAUGGGCGCCGAAGAAAGCUUUCUCAUCCCACAAGGUUCAGUGGAUGACUACCCCCUAGCCACAAUUACUUUUAAGACGAAGCCAUUCGCUGAGGGCAACUCCCGACGAGCUUAUAUGGGCACCUACGACGGCGACGAUCGCUUAAAAGGAAAACAGUGUGUGGUGAAAGUCUAUAAAGAUCAUUAUAACGAAGAACUGAAACAACAUGCCUGGAAAGCAGACGACCGUGCCUACACCAAAGCAACCGAGAUGGCUGAGUUGUUCAACGCUAGACAUCAAACCAACAGACCAAUUGUGUUCUGUAAACCUGAAUUCGCCCGUGUUAAAGCAAAUGAUGCCACCAUUAAAAGCAUAUUAAAGAUGCCCCCUUCAGCAAAGGUUGCGAUUGAGCGGUACCUUGAGGGGAAAUUCGAGAAGUUCAAUAGCAACCGUGGAUUCGUGCACGCUAAACAAAUGGCUUCACCUGGAGCCUUCAGUCACUUCAGCUACAUCGAAUCCAAUAAAGAGUUUUUGAUUUGUGACUUGCAAGGAGUGCGUACCAAUUCAGCGUACAUGCUCACUGACCCGGCUGUUUGCAGCUGUGUACAGCCUUUUGGGGCCUAUGGUCCAACCGAUUUAGGCAUAUUCGGUGUCCAAAAAUUCUUUAAAAAGCACGUCUGCAAUGACUUAUGUAGUGGUCUGGACAAACCAAAGUUUGAAAAGCUCACACCAGACGUACAAAAGACAAUUGAUGACGUCAAUGCAGUCAUGCAAAGUGACAAUGCAGAGACAGACAACACGUAUCGGCUUAGUUCAGAGGCAAGGAUCCCAAUUGAAGUAAUGGAGAAGGCACAUAAUGAGGCGAUUCAAAUCGUCAUCUGAAUAAUCACAAAUCAAAUGUUGCUAUCUAUAAGUUGGUUUUAUCAAGCGAUUUUUCAAACAGGCAUGCCUGACGUUCUGUGAAUGAAAUAUCGCUUUGUCUUAUCAAGGGUGAAUGGGUGUUCUGGAACGACGCAGUGAAUACACUUUUUAUACUUUUUCUGGGUGAUAUGUUAAUCGCCAAUAUCUGGCGUCGUACAAUGGAAUCUUAUUAAAAACCGUCACACCAUGAAAUGGUCCCCAAGCUUGUUGCGACAGAAGGACUGUCACAACAGUCGACCCAAUGCGCGUUUGGAAAGGGACGACAGAUUUCGCGCACUGUGAUUGGCCGACGCGUUGCAAACUCUUGGAUUGUGAAUCGCGCAUUUCAAUUUAAAAUUUAAGCAUGUUGUGGGUGAAAACAAGAAACAAAAAGGGUAUACAAAAAUGGUUAAUUAAAACCCUGCGUGACUGUCAGCCUCUAUCUUGCAGCGCGGAAUAACGUGCGAAAUAAGCCAAAGUCAUGCAUCCUCAAUGCGCUAGGGUUAGAAGGAGUGUCCCCGUUCGGUGACCCUGAAUAACCUUUGACUCCCGUGACCUUUGACCUUGAAACUUUCAGGAAAGGCGCGCUUUUUGGCCGUCUCCCGUCUACAUCUAUCUUAAAUCAGUGGGGUGAUGUUCGUGUGUAAACACAAGCGUUUGUAAAAGUUCCUUGCUUAACGUUUUGAGGGUUUAUCAGCUAUAUGCAUUUCAUAAAACUCACAUUGAAAAUAUUGUUUUUUAAAUCUCUUUUUUAUUUAGUUUCUAACAAAGUCUCCCCCCCAUAAAAAGGAAAUGCAACGCUUCAUAGUUUAUUUUAAAGUCGAAGAUGUGGUAUUUGCCGUUAACGUAGUUAAGUAGAUGGUUAAGUAGUUCUCUAUUAGGGCACCCUUUUUAUAUUCUAUGGUUCUCAUUUCCAACCGACCCCAUUUUGGGCUCGCGAUCACAAAAAAAGCUCUUUUUCCCCGCCGACCCUGCUAAAAAGACCUAACCCCCCCCCCAGAAAAAAAAAAUGAAGGCAAAAAAUUGGCCAGCAUGACCUUUAAAAACAAAAGCCCUGAAAACCUACGAUUUCGCAAACGACCAACAGCGACGGUCGGCGUUCGCGUGAACAUUCGGUACACCGCGCCUUUCCGUGGGUUCGUGUAUUCUUUUUUUUUUUUUAAGAAUUUUUUUCGACCGACCGACCUUAUCUCAAGUGAUAAAUGAUAACCAUAGAAUUUUUAAAAAGCGCCCUUGUUGCCAGUGUAGGAUCCUUGAUCCGAUUACGGGACCAUCCAAUUCCAGUGUAUUUUUUUUCAGAGGCCCUGUGUAGCUUUGCAAUUCUAGCAGCAGCACGGGUUUUCAGAAAAUCAGGAUGUUUUUGUGUGUUGAAUAGUGUCCUGUUGAUGAGGGUCAUUGUGAUAAGUAUCCACAAGAAAUAAACACACAAAUAUGAACAUUUUCAUUAUUGCGUAUAGUCAUACGUUUUGUGUAUUCCUGUUAUUUUUAAUGUUAGAAUAGAGAUUCCUUGACUAAAGCCACGUCAAUACUAACAAUUGAAGGCUUUGUCUUUGUUUCAAGGAUUACAUAACGGUACUAGGUGUGGGGUUUUUGUCAUUAAUUUUUACCCCAGAGUUUUAUUGUUCUGUACUGUUUUGUAAAAGCAAUUACUCUUUCAAAUAAAUUAAACAAACGAGAACUCUUUAAGUUCGUAGAAGUUAGAAGAGGUCAAUUUAUUAAUACGUUUAUUACUAAAAUCCUGUUUUUUCUAGGUGGAACAUAAAAGCUCGGCUUGGAUAGUGUUUCAUGCACUUAUUGUCCACUGUGCUUCAAACGUCUGCCUAUAAUGUUGAUUUAUUGUAAUGAAUACGAGUACGAGGGUGCGGCAUUUGGAUUUUUGUAAUUUCUUGUUUUUUUGUCCAGCUUAAGUCGGCAGUCGUAUUUUUCUCACGCUCUUCUUCCAACAGUAAAAAUGUGUGCGCUGCGCGUUUAUGCGGUAUGGCACAUGAACGCAUUGGUUUGGAGUCGCACAGCACACACUUUGUAAAUGUACACAUGGACUGGCGUAGAGUGAAAUUUCGACUCCACAACUGCAACCUCAUUAAUUAAUUGGGUGCGCCGACAUGACAAGGACGAUGGUCAUAAUGUAGGGGUUAGAAUCGACAAAUUGGGUGGAUAAAAUGGUACAGUCAGUAUGUUUUGAACGAAAAAAAUAUCCAAUUUGGCCAACUUCCUGACCAAAGAUCAGCAACCUGAGGGGCUCUCUAAAAACAAGAAUAUGUAAACUAUCUUGAGGUUUUAAUGAUCGAUUAGACACUAAAUAAAGAGUUGAGUAAUUACACAUAAUAAAGUCCUCUUAUGUAAAAAAAAAUUAGUGUCGCUGACAAUUCCAAGAAAAGCUUUAUUUUUGGUAGCAAUUUAGAUUAGUGAGUGUAUACCGUAAGUGUCGUAGAAAAUACCUUAUGGUGAAGUUGUUUUGUUGUCAUCUCUUAUUCAGAAGAUACACGCCAUCAGUGCGAACUUUAUUGUGGUUCUGAAUACUCUAUACAAAGUACAAUUUGAGAGUGGCAACAUUUCUGAAGGCUUUUGCUUGUCAAACUAGCUUUACAAUUAUAAUGUGAAAGUAAUUUUCAUGAUUAUGCUGGACAUAAUUUGAUAACAUUCGUUACCUGCAUUCCGAUGUAUAAUUAAUGUAAACUAUCUCUCCACAUCAGCAAAAGUGUUUGUAGAAUGUUUUAUAAAUAAGUUUACAUGUUUCAUUAUGGUUAUUACCCUAUGCGACGAGAAAGUAAAGAUUUUAGCCACUGACAAGACUACUAAA